AUGAAUAAUGAUGUAGAAUUAUGUAAAACUGAUCCUAAUAAAGUCACUGUUAUAGCUUUUGAUCUAAUGAAAACUCUCUCUACUCCAUCCCUUUCUGUUGGAGUGGCUUAUUAUAAAAGACAGUUAAGUACAUACAAUUUAGGUAUACAUAAUUUAACUACGAACGAUGCUUAUAUGUAUGUCUGGAAUGAAUCCAUGGCAUCACGUGGACCACAAGAAAUUGGAUCAUGCUUGUUACAUUUCAUAAAAAACUAUGUACAUACAGAACAACUUAUUAUGUAUAGUGAUCAAUGCGGAGGACAAAACCGGAAUAUAAAAAUGGCCUUAAUUUGCAAUUUUGUAGUUGGCUCAAAUGACUAUUUACCCACUGAAAUACAUCAUAAGUUUCUAGUUUCAGGACACUCUUACUUAGCCUGUGAUAGGGAUUUUGGAGUGAUUGAAAAAUAA